AUGAAGUUAGAUUUAUCCCAUAUGAGAUAUAUGACAGGCGAUGACUUUAAAGUCUUACAAGCCGUUGAACAAGGUUCAAAAAAUCAUGAGGUUGUUCCUACAACUUUGAUCCACCAAUUGUCUGGUAUGAGAAGUAUGUCAGGUACUAAUAGAUCUAUUAGUGACUUGGCUAAAUUGAAAUUGAUCUCAAAACUGAGAAAUGCUAAAUAUGAUGGUUAUCGUCUAACCUAUAACGGCAUAGAUUAUUUAGCACUACAUUCCAUGUUAAACAGAGAUACCGUUUAUUCUAUCGGUGGAUCUAUUGGUGUUGGUAAGGAAUCUGAUAUUUAUAAAGUUUCCGAUAAGAAUGGUGUUGAGAAAGUAAUGAAGAUGCAUAGACUAGGUAGAACUUCUUUUCAUACCGUAAGAAACAAUAGAGAUUAUUUGAAAAAAAAUUCAAAAAAUGGUGUAAAUUGGAUGGUUCUUUCUGGACUUGCUGCUAACAAAGAAUUCCAGUUCAUUACAAUGUUGUACGCUAAAGGGUUUAAAGUUCCCGAACCUUUUGAUAACUCACGUCAUGUUAUUAUUAUGGAAUUAAUUAAAGGGUACCCAAUGAGAAGACUGAGGAAACAUAGAAAUUUACCAGAGUUAUAUAACAACUUAAUGAAAUUCAUUGUGAAGUUGGGUUGCAGUGGUCUAAUACACUGUGAUUUUAAUGAAUUUAAUAUCAUGAUUAAAGAUGAAUCUGAAAUUGAUCCAAAUGAUCCUACCGAUCUAGGGUUCGUGGUAAUUGAUUUUCCACAAUCCAUAUCUAUUCAACACAAGGACGCCGAAUAUUAUUUCCAAAGAGAUGUGGAUUGUAUUCGUAGGUUUUUUAAAAAGAAGUUAAAAUAUGAGCCAAAGAAUGAUCCAUCAAUGUUGGAUACUGAUGGGUUUGGUGAUGGGUAUAGAUAUGCUUAUCCAGAUUUCCAAAGAGAUAUCAAAAGAACUGAUAACCUUGAUGAAUUGGUUCAAGCCUCUGGUUUUAGUAAAAAACAUCCUGGUGAUAGAGAUUUAGAAGAUGUAAUGGUAGAUAUGAGAAAUACCGAAGAAGGAAUUGAUGAUGAUGGGGAGAAUACCAAUAAAGAUGAUACUGAUAAUGAGGCAGAGAGUGCUACUGAUGUUGAAGAUGUUUCUGAAUAUUAUUAUUCAGAAAGUGAGGAAGAGGUUAGCGAAGAAGAAUAUGAUAGUCAAGAUGAAGAAAACGAAAGAAUCAUCGAAGCUCUUUCAAAUGGUGUAGGAAACUUGAAAAUGGAUAAAAUGGGUAACUACAUACUCGAGGAUUAA